AUGCCCGUUGGACACCGUGGUCCAACGUCAUGGCAUGGGCAAGCUCGGAUCCAAGGGCACGAGUCGGAGUCCAUUUACCAUCUGCUGCUCAGAGUUGAUGUUUCCCUGGAUGAAUCCGAGAGCAACGGACACAAAAGGCCAGCCUCAGCCCUUUACGAUAGACUUAAUGUGUCGUUUCCUCCUGUGUGUUUCUCUGCGUGUGUGCUGCCAGCAGGGCCGGUCGUCGGCGUUGCGCCCGCCGGCCAGUCCGGCUGCGCGGCUGGAGGCGGCCUGCGGAGGGAGAGGACAGCCUUCAGCAGCGGCCAGCUGCUGGAGCUGGAGAAGGAGUUCCACUUCAGCCCCUACCUCUCCCGAACACGCAGGCUGGACAUGGCGACCGGCCUGCGGCUCACCGACCGCCAGAUCAAGAUCUGGUUCCAGAACCGCAGGAUGAGGUUCAAGAAGGAGCGCAAGGACCUAGGGGCCGCCGGUGGGGGCCCGCGCUGGGCCACGCGCACAGGCCCUACCCUCGGCGUGGCCCCCUCGGGUUCAGCCCACCUGGCCUUUUCAGACGCUCAAGUUAUCAGGGCAUUGUCGUCGUCGUCCUCGCCGCUGCCGCCUCAGUGUCUGGAUUAUGAUCAGAGCGCUCCGACGCUGCUGGAUGCGCACAGCGAUGCCAUCAACAGCUAUUACGGUCCCGUUAACCCUGCAGACUUGCCGCCUCUCGACGGCCUGGCGCCAUCUGUUGCAGACGGUUCACAGUUGUACCCUGUAGAUAGCAGCCAUCACGGGGACCAGAGACGGGGCCCAGGGCCAAGCCAUUUACCAGCCUCCAUUUACUCACAUCCAAUUCUUCUGGAUCCCUCUUCCCUUACCUACAUGUGACCAGGAGAUGUAACGUUGACUUUGUUACAUGAAAUUCCAUCCUAUAACAUUUACAGUAUGAAUAUUAAGGUUGCACUAUGAUCACUUGUAAGCAUUAGUAAUUGUGUUUUUAAUUUGUAAUGACUGACAGUGAAAGCUCACUAUUUAGCUCUACUUGGUGGUUACACGUAUUUAGCUUUUCUUCACAUUGAACAAAACAACCCUUCCAGAUUUUACAGUUUCCUACUUUUGUAAGGUAAUUUGUGUGGUGGAAUAUGGUUGCAUGGUACAAGUUGACUCUGGGUCUAAUUCUGGGGGUAAUGUGUGCCGUAGUCAUGUGUUGCGUUUUUAGCUGUUUACAAGAUCUACGCACACUGUUUUGUUCAAAUUACAAUUCUGUAUUUACCUUCUCUAAAAAAUAUCAUAUUAUUAUUCCAAUGUGGCAGGUCAUGAAUGUGUUUAUGAUUAGAAUGUAUUUAUUGUUUUACUGACAUUUGAGAGAUUUAAGAUUGUGGAUCUAGAAAUAGAAAAAAAUAGAUAGUCAUAGAUCUAGAUACCAGCAAAUACAUAUGAAUGCUCCGGGCAUUUGCCUGUUAACUAUGGUGUUGUUUAACCUUUACUUUUUAUAUUGUUUAUGUCUUCAGUCAAUAUUUGACUCCGCCAUGUCCACACUAUGAAUGUUUACAUUUGAAAACGUAUAUCCACUAAAACAGGGGAAAACAAGUACAUUCUGUCAUGCAUUUGAGCAUUUUUAUACUUGGGCAUUAUGGAAAAUUAAUAAUGGCUAAUUUGUGUAAGAAUUUUUAACAUCAGAUAAGCAUAUUUGUAGUGAAUCAUAUAAGACAUUAAAUAUUCAGUGCUGGAUUGUGUUCUGGAUAGAUGAGAUGUCAUGUCUGCGUUUAAUAAAUGUGUUUGGAGAAAGCAAAA